UGUAAAGGUGUGUGUUUUAAGCAGUUUCACAAAUACUUCCUCGUGCGUCGCAAUACAAAAUACAAUACACUUACGAAAUAAAAUAAAAUGGUUGCGUACUACGACGAGUGUGACGCCGCCGAGCAUCCCAAGACCCUGACGGAUUGGGUGCGUAAUUUCCGCAUGAAGCGUCAGAAAAUGCGUCGCAAGCUGCGUGGUGCGGGCAGCGACCUGCGCGUGAACGCCAUUUUGUCGACGGCCCUGUUCCAUGCGGAGCACGAGCUGCGGAGAAAGCAGCAGGAGCGCUUCAGCCGCUGGCUGGAAAUGCAGACCAAGUUUGUUCCCCAUGGCAAGACGCACUGUGCCAACGAUGCCAUGGCCGACGCCAAAGCCAAAGCCGUGGAGGCGGAGGAGCGUCGCGAAAUAGAAAACAGUCUGUGGAGGAGCGAGCUCAGUGGCCUCGACAAUUUCAUGCGCAGUCUAAGUGGAAACAACGGCACUUCUGGCAACGGGAAUAGUAGCAGCAACAACAUCAGCCUGGCUAGCAACAGUUACACGUCCAACAAAAACCUCAGCUGCGCGGCCAUUGCUGUGAACAGUUAAAAAGAGACGACUAUAGUGCCCGUUUUGUGUGUGUAUACUAGGGUCCUCGAUUUAAUGAAAUUUCGAGACCAUUUCGCGACCUCUAAUGUCAAAAUUGAACAGUUUUGGCUUUAAAGUAGUUAUAUUUUAGACUGAAGCCAACCAUGCUAUAAUUAAAAUAUAGCGGAGGACCGUCCUAGUGUCUACGUGCAAGCGAGCGCAUACAUGUGUCUGUGUGCGUAUCCAAAAUGGAGAACAAUGCCUAAAAAAGAAAAUGAAACUGUUACCCUAACGCCGUCUUAGAA